AUGUCCAUUCAGCCGUAUCAGCUUGAACCUGAAUAUUCUUCCAGUGAGCAAGGAGAGGAAGAACAGAUUGAUUCAGGGGAGGAAGAAGUCUCUUCUUUAUAUUCUUCGAGACUUGAAAGUCGCCGGACGGACCUGUCUUGGUGUGAAUGUGAGAGAUGUCUGAUGCCAAGUGAAGUUGAAUGUGUCUGCUGCAAAGAACUUCCUUUUUUGUCACAACUGGUGGAAGGUUUGUUGAUCCCGAUAUAAUAUAUUUAUUUAAUCUCACUUUUUGUUUUCUGAAGGGGUGCCAGGAACAGUAUGACAAUUUACGAAUUAAUUGUAUUCUUAGUGGGUUCCCGGCCCAUAGUCUCAUAGUUGUUUCCGUCCAUCCCUGAAUCUCUCGACCGAUUUAUCGCUCAUUUCUGAAUAAAAUGCACUUGUUUACUAUCGCAAAUCGUCCGAGAAACAAAUAUCUAGUCAAAAUUCGACACAGUUACUCGGACACAAGUGAGAAUGUAAUCUUCUUUUGUUUACAUAUUUAGAAGGCUACAGAUCAGAAUUUUUGAUGGGUUAUGGAAUAUUCCGUAAACAACAAGAGGCAGGAGGUACAUAGCAUCUUGAACUGAAUAAAGUUUUGUUUCUAAUGUUCUAGGCUUGACAUGUGUCACUCAACAUGAAAGCUUUCGAGCUGUUUGUUUAAAUGAAGAUGUGUUGUGGACAGCACUAGCAAGUCUGCACGACAGAGAAAAUGCUGGUCUUCCAGACAGACAGCAAUUGCCCAACAGGUAUUGACAUGUUAUGGUUGUUUUCGUGGCCGUGAAAUUUUAGUACAAAGUUGAGUUAAUGCCAGUAAAAUAUUGGAUGUUUCUUUUCGUACAAUCUAAUUGAUAUUUUAAGCACCUGCAGUUGUCUGAUCAAUAGUAAUACAUGUUAAUUUGUCUGAAGCAUGAAAUGAACUGCCCUGUGCUUAAAUAGAUGACUUUGAUCUAUGGACGAGAGAUGAUUUGUGCUUUUUGGCGAAAAAGAUGCACCAUGCAACAGUUGGUCAUUUAUUGUUGUGGUUCUAAAAAAGGUUCUUAGGGGAGCGGGUGCUUAAAAGAGAAGGGUCUUAAAUUGAUUAUGCUUUGGAAAGGGUGGGGGGGCACUUACUUGAUAAGAGAGGAUUUGCAUUACUAUUGACUGCUACCUUGCCUGUUAACAAAACCCACAUUAGGUUUUGUUUUUGGGGGGGGGGGGGGGGGGGGUGGGGCACAGUCUCGGUUGGGGUGGACUUGACGUAACUUGAACGUAACUCAGGAAUAAACUAGUCAAUGUGUAAACAGGUCUGAUAUCAUUAGCAGCAAACCUGUGCAUUGUCUCCUAUGACAUUUGUAAAUUGAAUGUUGUUUUCUUUAAGGUCAUUUCGUUAUGCAGCGUAUCAACAGUUCACUUGGCGGGCUCAUGGCAAAAAAUUUGACAUGUCAUCUCCUCAUGUGCAGUAA